CCACACACACGACGACAUACAAGCGCAAACCGCUCAUCUAGCAAUGGAGAAGGUCGCGUGCCUAGCUCUGGCGUUCGCCAUGGCCGCCGCCGCCGUGUUCACGCCGUGCGCGGCGCAGAACUCGCCGCAGGACUUCGUGAAGCUGCACAACGCGGCGCGCGCGGCGGUGGGCGUCGGCCCGGUGUCGUGGAACGACAACGUGGCGGCCUUCGCGCGGAGCUGGGCGGCGAAGCGCGCCGGCGACUGCAGGCUCGUGCACUCGAGAGGCAGCGGGUACGGGGAGAACCUCUUCGGCGGCUCCGGCGCCGACUGGUCGGCGUCGGACGCCGUUGGCCUGUGGGUGGCGGAGAAGCAGUGGUACGACCACGGCAGCAACAGCUGCGCCGCCGGGAAGGUGUGCGGGCACUACACGCAGGUGGUGUGGCGCGCCUCCACCGCCAUCGGAUGCGCUCGCGUCGUCUGCAACAACGGCGGCAUCUUCAUCACCUGCAACUACAGCCCGCCGGGCAACUACGCCGGACAGAGCCCCUACUAAGGCUGAGCUGGAUAUGAGUCCUGCAUGCCUAUAGUUUCAACUCAUCGUACGCAUAAUAUACCGGAGGGAAUAAUCAUCUGUGACAUGAUUAAUAAAUAAAUAAAUGUCAGAUGAACGAUAAAAUAUCAGUGCUCUUAAACAAAAGGAGAAGUUUAUGCCGUGCUAAAAGAAUGAAUUAACACAGGCCCUGCUUUGGCUUGAAAAAAGAAUGGUGCAUAUAUCAU